AUGGUGGGGACCCCUCGCGGAACUAACGAGCACUCGGCGCGAGCCCCUGCAUUCAACUCUGGCGGCGGCGGUGCGGCGGCGGCGGCGGCGGCUGCGACGGCUUGCUACAAUGGCCAAGAGGAGGAGGUAGAGGUGGAGGAGGUAGAGGAGAAGGAGGUAGAGGAGGAGGAGGUAGAGAAGGAGGUAUAUGAGGAGGAGGUAGAGCAGGAGAAGGAAGAGCAGGAGGAGGUAGAGGAGGAGAUAAAAGAGGAGGAGGUAGAUGAGGAGAUAAAGGAGGAGGAGGUAGAGGAGGAGGUAGAGGAGGAGGUAGAGGAGGAGGUAGAGGAAGAGGUAGAGGAGGAUGAGGUAGAGGAGGAUGAGGUAGAGGAGGAUGAGGUAGAGGAGGAUGAGGUAGAGGAGGAUGGGGUAGAGGAGGAGGUAUAUGAGGAGGUAGAGCAGGAGGAGGUAGAGGAGGAGGUAGAGGAAGAGGGGGAGGAGGAGGAGGGAGGAAACAGGGCGACUCGUCUCACCCCACUGGAACUGAACGUUUUCACCCUGUUUUAG